AUGGCGAAAUGUGGAGGCAGCGCAACGAAAUUGAAGACGACGCUGUUGAACUCCAUGGACCACUUUUGUGGGCGAAACUGCGUGGACGACUCUCCCUGCAAGACAACAGGACAGGUUCCCAGCGCGCUGGUGAUGAAGGAUCCUGUUACGGAGAAGCUUUUGUCCUCUUUCUUGAGGUCGACGACAAUUCUGAAGAAUGCCGAAGACUACAUUCAAGCAAAGGACACAUACUAUGUUGAAUCAUUCAACAACGCCAUGCUAAUAUACUUGGACAAAAGGAUUCCCUACUUUGAUAACUCGUACAACCUAAGAGAAAGUCUGGCAGUUCUGGACUGGAACGAGCAUGUGGGACGACAAUCCCACAUCGUCGAGGAGUCCUGUCACCCUGAUCGCCAGGGUGGCAAGAAAAAAUACUCCAUGAAGACGUACAGUUUCAUUCAGGAGAUCCGCUGUCUGAUUCUGGAAACUGCAGCCUUGGACAAAACCAAGAUCAGUCAAACGACGGACGAGCCCAUCCGCGAAAAUGGCUCCUGA